AUGGGGCUUGCUGGAGUCCACGCGCGCCGCGACUCGCCCUCCCGGCGCCACGAGUCCCCAGGGCGUCUCGAGCGACGCAGGAAAAGCGGAAAAGUCUACUAUUCCUGGCGACCCGUUCUGCGUCUCGGAGGCCGCGAGUCGCUCGCGGCACUUCGAGCCAAGUUGCUCUCUCGCCUGAGCGACGAUGACGACGAGACAGACACCUGCCGUCCUGCCGGCGCGCCCGCACCUCCCGCGCCUCCCGCGCCUCCCGCGCCUCCCGCGCCUUCCGCGCCUCCCGCGCCUCAGCUGCCCUUUUCGUCGUCCGCGGCUCCGGCUCACCGGCGGCGCCGCGGCGACGCCGCGUUUGUCUCGUCUUCCACUUCCUCUCCGCCCUCUUCCUCGUCCUCCGCGUCGGCUGCCGCUGCGGCGCCAGGGGGUGCUGGCGCCAGUGGACCGUCGCCUCAGUUUUACGCGGCGCCAUGGUGGGCGAGGGCGCCGGACGUGGUGCGCUGUCGCUUCUCGCCGAACGGCUGCUUCCUCGCGGCGUGCACGAGUCUCGGCGGACUGCGCGUCUACGAAGUCGAGACAGGGUCGCUGCUGUGCGACUUCCCCAACGCGCACACCAAGGGCAUCAACGACAUCGCUUGGCAUUCGUCCUCCGCGUACAUCUACACCGCCUCCUCAGACGCCUCUGCCUCCCUCUUUCCCCUCCAUUUUCGGCCGCGCGCCUGCGCAGCCGCAUCCGCAGUCGCAGCCGCCGCCUGCGCCUCUGCUUCGGGCGCGCCAGUUGCUUCGCCACGAGCCGUCGCGACCUUCCGCGCGGCGCCUGCGGGCGCAAGGGCCGUGAAGACGGCGCUCGCGCAGGUGGGAAAGGCCGAGCGGCGGUUUGCGGGGGGCGCGGCAGGCGGCGCCUGCGCGGCGCAGAGCCCGGGCGCCACAGGGCUCUACACGUCUUUCCUUAACUCCUUCUCGCUGCCUGCGCCGAUGACGUCGGUCGCCGCGCCGCAGGACGGCGCCGCCUGCCUCUACACAGGGAGCUACGACGAGCUGCUGCGGCUGUGGGACGUGCGUAUGCCGCAGCAGCCGCUGCGGCAAGUCAAGGCGCACGACUGCGCGAUCACCUCGCUGGAAGUCACCCCCGCGUCGCCGCUACUUCUGCCCCCGUUUCUUUCCUCCGCGCUGCCGGCGACCAGCGCGGCGGGCGCGUCACUCAGCAGUGCGUGCCCAGGAAUUGUCGCCUCAGCCUCGCUCGACGGCUUGGUGCGUCUGUGGGAGGGCAGCUCGCUGCGGCUGCUGCGGACGCUGAAGGGCGGUAGCAGCAAGGCAGUCAGCGAGGGCGGCGAGAAGGAGGGCGAGGGCGGCGCGAGCGGCAGCCGUGGCGGCAUUGCUUGCGCCCACGCCGUCUGGGCUCGCUCGGGGAAAUUUCUUCUCUGCUCCUACGACGGCGGACAGGGGGGGCGUAUCCUGCGCCUCAGCCACCGCGCCGCCGCGAAGCCGCGACCCCGGCGUCCUGCCGCCGGCGCCGAACGCCACCUCAGCGGGCAGCCCAACGGGGAGGGCGACGCCGCGGCGAGCUCGGAAGCAGAAAACGACGAAGACGCAGGGGAGGAAGAAGAGGAAGAGGAGGAGGAGCGCUGGUGGGGGUCGGCAGUCACGAUGCCGCUGGACAUGCCGGUCUCUGGGACUCCGGCCUGGCAGCGACACCAGGAAGAGGCGCAGCGCGCGACGGCGGAGGCGCUGCUUCGGUUUUCGCGGUCUCGGGGGCCGUGUGUCUGCAGCGGAGGCGGGGGGGGCGAGGAGGCGGAUGCCGCUGCCGCGCGUGUCGCUGUCGCCUCCACCUCUACGUCUGCGUCUGCCUCCCGGGCGCGCAGCGGCCCCCGGCUGGCGUUCGCGCCUUUCUGCACGCCGCGGCGCCUGUUCAGUCCCUUCGCGGCGCUGUGGCGAGACCGCGCGUUCCUGCCUGGCGGAGACGGCCGCGUCUGGACGUUUCGCGCCAUGAACGGCGCGCCGCUAGGGCCUCUCGCCGCGCCGGUCGACUUCAGCUGCGCCUGCGGAGGCCGCGGCGGACAGGUCUGCGCGGGCGGCAGCGUCUGCAGCAGCGUCGACGCACACCCCGACUGGAGCGUCGGCGUCCUCGCCACCAGCUGGACUGAACCCGACGGUGGAAUCGUUAUCUGGGUCUGGGCUGGCGAAGAAGAAGACGAAGAGGGAGAGGAGGUCGUGGCAGACUUCGGAGACGCGGAAGACGACGCAGCGGCCGCAGCCGACGUGCGCGAGCGAGACGCAGAGGACGCCGAGGAGACGCUCGCAGAACGUCCGGAAGGAGCCGCGGAGGGUCCGGGGCGAGGUUUGAACCUACAUCGAGUUCUUCUGUUUUUCCUCACUCGGUUCCCACCUUCAUUUCUCUCGGCUUCCAUGCACAUCGAGGAGCUCAUCUCCUCAGCCGCUCUCGCGCGCGCAGCUUGUCCACGCGCCUCACGCGGCGCGCGAGACCCAUCGCAGGCCGCAUGCAUAGGUAUGCUCACACCGGCGGCCUCACAAUCUCUCUCGGUGUCUUCUUCGCCUUCGCCUUCGCCUUCGCCUCGCUCGCCUCUUUCUUUUCUUUCGCUCCCCCCUUCUUCAGCCGCCUUGCUCGCUGGUCAGCCGCUGAUGCGCCUCGGGCCUUUUAGCCGUUUGGCUUCAUCGAUUUCCUUCUCCAGCCUGCGCAGACUCGGCGAUCUGCGCCUCUCUCUUCUUCCGUCGUCGGCGACUUCCCCUGCCUCGCGUCUGCCAAGGCGAUCCACGGGCGCCUCGCUGACGCCCUCGUGCAAACCUCUCUACGCGUUUUGGUCGCCUACUUGCUCGUUUCCAGCUUCGUCUUCGACUUCGCUCUCGGCUUCGCCACUGCGCUUUUUCUCCGGGGGGAGCCUUCGCGCGCGCUCGCCGUCGGCUUGUUCGCCACGCGGCCUCCAGCUCGCUUCAGACUUGCCUCAAGAGACACAAAGGAAGAAAAUGGAGGCUGCGGCGUUCGUCGACAUUGGCGCCAACUUGACCGAUGAGAUGUACAGAGGGAUCUACUUCGGGAAAUCAAAACACCCCGAAGACCUCAACAGAGUCAUUCAACGCGCGCGGGCGGCAGGCUGCAAGAAGCUCCUCGUCACCGGCGGGAGUCUGAAGGACUCCGCCGCGGCUCUAGAGCUCUGCCGGAAAUUCGACCCAGAGGGAUCCUUUCUCUUUGCGACUGUCGGCGUGCAUCCGACGCGCUGCUCGGAGUUCGAUUUCGACGCGGCGGGCUUGCGGGCGUCUCCCUCCUGCACACCCUGCUGCGCGCCGGCGGCUGAGGCACACGGCGAAGGCGCGCGAGCCUGUGCGGUGCGCGCGCCUGUCUCUGGAGACGCUUGUGCAUCUGCGACCGCGGAGGCGAGGCCCGUUCUCUCGCGCGAAGACAUCGAGGCGGCUGGUCUCUCCUUCACGCCUUCGGAGCGAGCUCUGGAGCACCUGAACAAACUAGCAAGACUCAUCGGGACUCACCACGACCGCGUGGCAGCGAUCGGCGAGCUCGGCCUCGACGCAGACCGCACACAGUUUUGCGACCUCGACACACAGCAAAAGUACUUCGAGCUGCAGCUCGUGCUGAGUCGUCACUUCAACUUGCCUCUCUUUCUGCAUAUGCGCGGUGCGGAGACUCCGUUUUGCGAAAUUCUCGCUCGCACGCGGCCUCUCUGGGAGCGUCGCGGCGGGGUCGUUCACUCGUUCACAGACUCUGCAAACGCCGCAGAAAGCGUGCUGUCGCUGUCGCCGUCUCUCCACAUCGGGAUCAAUGGCUGCUCACUGAAAACCGCGGAAAACCUUGAAGUCGUGAAGACUAUUCCCGUUGAUAGGCUUCACCUCGAGACGGAUGCUCCCUGGUGCGACAUUCGUCCCACACACGCGGGCUUCGCUGUUCUCAAAGAAGACUUUCCGGGGAUCGUCGAGGAAGAGAAGCAGAAACAGAAGCCGCAGAACUGGAAACCCGAAAAUCAAAUCAAGAACCGCAACGAGCCGUGCAACAUCACGCACGUGGCGAGGAUUGUUCGCCGGCUCGUGGCCCCAGAUAUGCCGUUUGAGACAUUCGCCGAAAGGGUCUGCACUAAUUCCUUGCGAAUGUUCCCCCUGAUGGCGGACGGCAAGCGAGACUAG